AUGCGGGUUGGUUGGCGCCAGACCCAAGUGGUUCGAUCCAAGCGGGUGGAAUUCACUAUUGUGUUGGCCAAAUGUUUAAACAAACUUCCGACGCAGCGCUGUCCUCCUCCGAAUCGCGUUGAACGCCGUAACGUGGAGUUCCAGAUGGACUCCAACAACGCCGGGCUUCCACCCCCCAGUGGAUUACCGCAUCAAGCCAUGAUGCUGCAGAGGAGAUUCCAAAAGCUUCUGGACGAUACUACACCCUACUACAUAUAUCGUUGGGUUUUUACUGCAGUGGUGGUACUACUUUACUGCCUCCGUGUAUUCACAGUUCAAGGCUGGUACAUUGUCACGUAUGCACUCGGGAUCUAUCUCCUCAAUCUUUUCCUAGCGUUUCUGACGCCCAAAUUUGAUCCCGCUUUGGAGGAACUGGAUAAAGCAGAUGAAGGACCAGCAUUACCAAUGAAGACCAACGAUGAGUUUAGACCUUUUAUUAGAAGAUUACCGGAAUUUAAAUUUUGGUACUCCGCAACACGAGCGAUACUGAUCGCUUUCGUAUGCACAUUUUUCAAAUUCUUUGAUAUACCCGUUUUCUGGCCGAUCCUGUUGAUGUAUUUUCUUGUCCUUUUCACGAUAACAAUGCGGAGGCAGAUCAUGCAUAUGGUUAAGUACCGGUAUGUGCCUUGGAACUUCGGAAAGAAGAAAUAUGCCAAUACAAAGCAUGGUAGUAAAUGAUGGUGGGAAAGGACACACCAGUGGGGCACCAGAGGAUGGUCACAUUACAAUUGGCAAUUUGUGCACUUUGAUGUAUUUAUUGGUUUAGCAUGAGGGUUAUAAUGCAUGCUUUCAUGCUUCACACAUUGGCUUGUCCAGUCUGAACAUCACUGAAUGGAUGUAGAAAACAUACCUAGAAGGGAAAUCAAAGGGUUGGCAAAGUUGAAGGUCUUUAACUUUAUAUAUUAAUUUACUGGUUAUACAGUUGUAUAGACCCAUACCAGGGAAGAGGAGGAUUACAGUAUAGUGCUAAAAGCAAAUGUUUUGCUUAUGGCUUCA